AAAAUGCAUACUCAUUUGCUAUAUGUAAUGUAAAAAAAGCAUAAUUAGAUAUGAUUAAGAUGAAGUAUUGUGUUGAUUUAGAUCGUUCUGUGUUAAUAAGUAAUUUUGAAAAACGUAAAUGGAUACACGUAGGACCUGAAGACGAAUGGAAUUUCUAUUGGACCAGUAUACAAACUUGUCGUUGUCUGUUUAAUGCGGACAAAGAUUAUAGGCUGAAAGAUGAUCAGAUAAUAAAUCAUUUUCCAAAUCACUAUGAACUUGGCCGAAAAGAUUCACUUAUAAGAAAUAUAAGACGCUAUCGCCGAGAAAUACUAAAAAGUGGUACCCCCAUUGCAAAAUGCCUCCGUGGUACAUUUUUGUACUUGGAUUUUAUUCCUACGACUUAUGUACUACCCGUUGACUAUCAUUUAUUCUUAGAAGAAUAUCGCAGAAAUCCAAGUACUUGGAUUGUGAAACCGUGUGGGAAAUCACAAGGUGCAGGGAUAUUUCUAAUAGAUAAACUGUCUCAGUUAAAGAAAUGGUCCAAGAAAAAAAAAUAUCUAAACAAUUUAUCAAUUAAAAAAGAAACUUAUAUAAUAUCUAGAUACAUUGAAAAUCCUUUGUUGAUAAGUGGAAAAAAGUUUGAUUUACGUCUUUAUGUUUUGGUUACAUCAUUUCAUCCGUUAAAAGCUUAUUUAUUUAAAUUUGGCUUUUGUCGUUUCUGCAGUGUAAAAUAUAACUCAAAUGUUACCGACAUUAAUUGCUUAUUUGCUCAUUUGACGAAUGUAUCAGUACAGAAAGAAGGUGACGACUACAAUAGUAUCCAUGGAGGUAAAUGGUCCACCGAAAAUCUAAAACUGUACUUGGCGAGUACACGAGGUGAAGAACGUACUCAAAAACUAUUCGAUGACAUAUCAUGGAUAAUUGUGCACUCGUUGAAGGCUGUUUGUAGCGUAAUGUCUCACGACACACAUUGUUUCGAAUGCUAUGGCUAUGAUAUCAUUGUAGACCAGGAUCUCAAACCUUGGUUGAUUGAAGUGAACUCGUCACCGUCGCUCACGUGUACAACUUCCAGUGAUCACUUACUGAAGUCCAAACUUAUUGACAGUAUUGUGUCCGUUGUUUUACCACCGUCAGGAAUCCCAAACUGUCGAUGGGAUAAAAAUCCAUCACCAGAAACGCUUGCAAAUUUUGACGUUUUGAUCAAUGAACAGCAGUAA